CACCACCUGCUAAAUUGAUUUUUGGGCUGCAGAGACCAUUUGGAACUAAUAGAGAUUCAAAGGACGAUCCACAAUAUCAUUUAUUGGCUGAGAUAUGUCUGUAUGUCAAGUCCUGCUGAAGUCACAAAAGUGGUGUUUCCUUUGAUCCACUGCCAGCUUUUAAAGACAGUUCUUCAGAAUUUACCCUCAAUACUGAGCAACAAGAAAAACAAGUAAGGCACUGAAUCCCAGCUCUGGCAGUGUGCCACAGCUAGCCCUACUGUGAAGGGGCAUCCGGGCACUCUGGAAGCAGCCGUUCUUCUGACAACCACAUGUAUAGAAUAAAUUGCAACUAUGGCUACGGAAUCUGGCACGGAUUCUGAGUUGGCAAAUGUUCAGCAGGAACCCCCUCAGGAGGAGCAGCAACCUGUUGUGCAACAAGAGAUGGCAGCCAUUAAAGAACAAAUGCCAGCAGACACCAACACAAACCAGCAGGAGCAGAAUGCUGAGAAAGAUAAAAAAACAGAAAACAUUCCAAAGGUAGUUGAAGAGCUGGAUGUUGGAGAAACUGAUGAUGACAAAACUUCAGAAAGGACAACACCUGGCAAAACCCCUAAAUCUCCAUUAAAAGGAUCCAAAAAACCAAAGACCAUGCCUUGCAAGGUGACCCUUCUGGAUGGCACAGAAUUUGAGUGUGAAGUGGAGAAACGUGCUAAGGGCCAAGUGCUAUUUGAUCUGGUCUGUGAGCACCUCAACCUGCUGGAGAAGGAUUAUUAUGGACUGACAUUCUGUGACUCUGAAAGCCAGAAGAAUUGGCUGGACCCAUCAAAAGAUAUAAAGAAACAAAUCCGAAGUGGCCCUUGGCAUUUUGCAUACACAGUGAAGUUCUAUCCCCCAGAUCCAACCCAGCUCUCUGAAGAUAUAACAAGGUAUUACCUAUGUCUGCAGCUGAGAGAUGAUAUUAUUUCUGGGCGGCUGCCUUGCUCUUUUGUUACACAUGCUCUAUUGGGUUCGUACACUGUUCAGGCAGAACUGGGAGAUUAUGAUCCUGAGGAAUAUGGACCUGAUUAUGUCAGUGAAAUUCGCUUUGCACCAAAUCAGACAAAAGAACUCGAGGAAAGGGUGGUAGAACUGCAUAAGACUUACAGGGGCAUGACACCAGGAGAAGCGGAAAUGAACUUUUUGGAAAAUGCUAAGAAGCUGUCUAUGUACGGUGUCGACUUGCAUCAUGCAAAGGACUCUGAAGGAAUUGACAUCAUGCUUGGUGUUUGUGCAAAUGGUCUUCUAAUCUACAGAGACCGGUUAAGAAUAAACCGCUUUGCCUGGCCCAAGAUUCUCAAGAUUUCAUACAAAAGGAGCAACUUCUACAUUAAAAUCAGACCUGGAGAAUAUGAACAGUUUGAAAGUACCAUCGGUUUCAAGCUUCCAAAUCACCGAGCUGCCAAGAGACUCUGGAAAGUCUGCAUCGAACACCACACAUUCUUCAGACUUGUGUCCCCUGAACCGCCUCCAAAGGGAUUCCUUGUAAUGGGCUCAAAGUUCCGUUAUAGUGGCCGCACACAGGCUCAAACAAGGCAAGCCAGUGCUUUAAUAGAUCGUCCUGCACCCUAUUUUGAACGCUCCUCAAGCAAAAGAUAUACAAUGUCAAGGAGUCUAGAUGGAGAGUUUUUCCGUCCAGCUUCAGUUGGGGAAAACCAUGAUGCGCUUCUGAAGGAGUCAACGAAAGAUGCAAGCGAGACUUCAAGGACAGAGACUCCAGACACAACAAAGUCAGACAGCAAGAAAUCCUCUCAAAAGUCAGAAAAAACAGAUGAAGUAACCACACCAACAAAAAUUAAAGAAAUGAAGUUCCUGGACAAAUCGGAAGAUGUACUAUUGAAGCACCAGGCCAAUAUCAAUGAACUAAAACGGACUUUACAGGAAUCCACUAAUAUUAAGCUCAGUCAUGGUGACCGAGAAAAGAAAUUAACCACUUCCCCAUCUUCAUCGAAACCUAAAGACAAAGAGCAAGAAGAGUCUGAGAAGCUCAAAGAGUCUGCGAGGGCUGAAGAGGAGGCGAAGGAAGAGCCUGCUUCUCAAGUGGGUGCCAUUGCCUUAUCUCUGGAAGCUUCAGCAAAGAAAAGUCUUGCAUCUUCCCCUGAGACUAAACCUGCUGCUCAUGAAUGUGCCUUGGAAGACAGGGAAGUAAAAUCUUCACAGGAAACUUCAAAAUCUCCAGGGAAAUCACCAGUAAAAGGGGAGACGUUAGAAGGUCCUGUUACUUCAGUAAAUAUCACACAGGAGGCGUUAUCUCCACAUAAACUACAUGAUGAAGAAUCUGACAAAUCCCAGAGCACUGAAACAAAGCAGGAACCACAAAAGAGGUCUACGGUAGCUAAACAAGAAUCUGAGGAAGUCAUGGAGCAGAUGCAAGAACUUGUGGCCCAGCCAUUGGUGACAAAGGAGACAUGUGUGGAGGUUGAACACAAACAUUCAAACAUCCCUACAAAUUCCUCUGAAUAUAUUGAAGCUGAGAAAGAAUUUACAGUACCAGGUAAAGUUGAAGUUGAUGGAGUAUUAGAAGUGAGGAAGCUAUCAACGCAAACUAAGAUGGCUAAACGAGAAAGAACAGACAGUGCCACCUCUGAACCUGAUGUCAGUACUCUGCCUGCUAAAAGUACUGAAAGACAACCUGCUCAAGAGGAUGGGAAGGACCAACAUAAGAACAUUGACCACAAAUUUGAAGACUCUGAAGAAAAACCUCAACAGGAGGAUAUCAAAACAAAAGCUGGACUACCACAUGAUGCACCUACUGUAAAGACAGAAACUUCCUCCAAAGAAACAUCUUCAUCACUUGAGACAAAAGCCAGCACCAAAACCACCCAGCUUACCGAUAGUUCAGGCCUAGCGAAUGAAGCUGUAACAAGUUCUCAAAGCACCGUCUCAGAAACUGUGUCCACAUCAUUUGUUGACAGUGGCAGUGGAGCUACAAAUGUAACAGGCUCCCAGUCAGUUACUUCGGAAACCAUAUCUACAUCAACCACUACUCAUAUCACUAAGUCAGUGAAAGGAGGAUUUUCAGAAACGAGGAUUGAGAAAAGAAUCAUCAUCACAGGAGAUGCCGAUGUUGACCAAGACCAGGCUCUGGCUCUUGCAAUUAAGGAAGUAAAACAACAGCAUCCCGACAUGCUUGUGACAAAAGCAGUGGUUUAUAAAGAAUCAGAGCCUGAAACAGAGCAAAAUGCAAAGGAAUCAAAGGAGUAAUAACGUGGAAGCGAAACUCCUCAAAGCACCAUGAAUAAAAGAAUGGAAUCACACUGUUGCUUUCAUCAACACAGACUUUCUCUGCCUUGUUAAUUCACACCGAAGAACCGGGAAAGAAUAUCAAUAUUAAUGUAAAAAUAUACUCCUGCUGUGCAAAAAAACAUUUCAGUUCCAACCACCACCAAGAAAAUAAAACAUUUGCAGCUACAGAAAACGCAUGUUUUGAGGGGAAGAUGAAAAACCAGAAACUCUAACCAUCAUUCCAAAGUAUAUGAGCUUUUUCCAGCAACUAGAAUCCCACAAGGGAGUACCUUCAAUGGAGAGAGAAGAGAAAUCUUACAACUAAUGUUUAAUAAUACUUGCUUAUGCGAUGGAUGUCAAUUUAAUUUCCUCCUUUCCUUUUGAUCUGCUAAAGACGGUCAGCAACUAUCAUACAAGUUAUCCUAUGGAAAUGAACGGCACAUGUUGGUUCCCAAUUUGAAUAUGCAUUAAUUUAUACUGAAGUAUGCUUAUCUGGUAAUAUAAAGAUUGGAUCUAUUUCUCCUCUGAAGUUUGUAUUAUUCAAAUGGUAACCCGGUAUUAGUUUUUAACUGACACUUGGUUUGACAGCAGUUCGUGUUUUUGUAAAAUAAAAAAAAACCUUAAUUAUUUGAAAAUGAAUAAUUUUAGGCAAAUGAGGUUUCACAGAUGUCUUAAUCAAAAGAUAAUGGAUAGAAGUUUGUUAGCACACAACUAGCUGUUACAGGUGAUGUCUAUAGGAAGAUGCUCAAAAUAGUGGUUCAGUAAAAUACUUAGCAAUGGUUCACAAAGGACAGAAUUUUUCAUUCGAAAUAAUUUCUUCAGUAUUCCAAGGCACCAUGAGCGACCUGGUAUCUAUUCUCAUAGCUUGUCCUGAAUCCUUAAAAGAAUUGUUACAGUAAAAUUAACUUGUUUGUUGAUAGUAAAGCCAGCAAAGGAAUAUUAGACAUGCUGAUUAUACAAAUGAACCGCUUUACCUACCUAGCAUGACAAAGGACAUCAUUUAUACAGAACUCAAGGUUAGUACUGAAGCAUUUUGAGUUCUGCUAAUUGAAUUACAUGUUGUUGCAUAUGAUGUCAAAUGCCAUGUGCAUGCUUAGAUGAUGCAAUGGGCAGCUGAGAGAAGCAGAAGAUUUGCACACUUGGCAUUUAAUCAGAUGUAGUUCGUUUGUUUACCAUUGCUAAAUAUAUUUUUGAUAGGAUUGUUUUAGUGACUUACCCAAUAUUUUAAACUGAACAUGAGUGAUUAAGUAUUUGAGAAUAUUUACAAUUGUAUCAACAGCUGACAUAAAUCUGUGUGCAUGAGUGCAUUAAAACACCUUAAUACAGAUAUGAUAUGCUCCAUAAUGGCUUUUUCUCCCCCUACAGCUCUAUGGUAUGUGUUCAUUGUAUCCUUUUACCUUCAUAGUGAAAUAAAUGUGCCAGAUGCA